AUGCACUUGAUGACCGCGACACGACCGGACAUUGCCUUUGCUGUGAGUUACAUUUCGCACUUCAUGGAAAACCCCCAAGUCGAGCAUUGGAUGGAGGUCAAGCGCGUUCUGCUACACUUACAAGGGACUAAGUCGCACGGCAUCUGUUUCAAGUCUGAUGACAAGAUAGACUUCUGCGGCUACUCAGAUGCAGACUGGGCCGGCGACCAUGCAGACUGCAAGUCGACUUCGGGAUAUGCGUUCAUCCUGAUGGGUGCUCCGGUGAGCUGGGGAAGCAAAACGCAGUCAAGUGUGUUGCUUUCAACAAGUGAAGCUGAGUACAUUGCACUAAGUCUGGCGAUUCAAGAAGGCAAGUGGGUGCAUCGAUUGCUGUGCGAAAUUCUGGAUACCGCAGAGGACAAGUCCGGACCUAAGCUCAAGAUCAUGGAAGACAACCAAUCGUGCACCAAGAUGACGAAGAAUCCUGUGAACCAUGGUCGGGCCAAGCACAUCGACAUCAAGUACCAUCACAUUCGUGAUGAAGUCAAGCAUGGUGAUGUCUAG